AUGGAUUUAGAAUCCAACAGACCAACACCACAUCACACAUGCAACUUGGAAAAGGAAGGGAACUUGACUUGUCCCUGGAUGAACAGCAGCAGUGAGAUAGCCCUGCCACCUCUGCCAAUGACGAGGAAACAAUUGAUGUUGCCCCCGCUUAGUGAUGGCAAGGGAGUGCAUGGUGCUGACACUGGCCAGUCCAUGGUGAGGAUCCAUGAGUUGCUACAGGUUUUGGACUUUUAUGAGCCACAUGUGAUUGGGUGUUGUCGGAGCUCCGAAGUUGUGGAUCUUCGAUCUUAUACUUUGGAGACGCUAGAAAAUGACCCGAAAGCUAGGGUCAAUUGGGGAAGCGGGCAGCAGCCUGUAAUACAUGAGUUUGACAUGAGUGGUGGUGGGAAAAGGAAAGUGCUGAAUGAUAUAGAACUGUCCCUUACAUUUUCUGAAAGGAUGGGUGAUAAGAAGCUAUUCUUGUUUGUCGAUGUUGAGAAAAAACCCACGACUAUAACAGAGGCAGCAACAAGCAAUGUGGGGCAUGAUAAUCCAUAG